UCAUAGAUGUUUUUUCUGCGGACGCAUUUACUCAACUCGAAGAUCCUGCUGGCUGACAUUUUAAUAAGGAAGGGCACGUGCCCAUAAGACAUCGGCCCCACUUUUCAAACGAUACAUAACGUACAUUUUGUCUGUCUUCUUCGUCAGAGCGGCUAAAUGGCGGGUACUUGGUGGAACAGUGCCGCUUUUACUCACGUCCUUGUGGCUCUUUUCGGUAUGGGUUCCUGGAUUUCCGUCAACUGUCUCUGGGUUGAGCUACCCGUGGUUGUCAGAAUUCUGCCUGAAGAGUGGAACCUGCCGGUCUAUCUGUCAGUACUGAUAGCCUUUGGGAAUAUAGGUCCGAUUGCUGUGACCAUAACGCAUCACUGUGCCCCAGGACAGUUAAACGAGCGCCUGGUCAUCCACAGUAACCAGGUUCUAGCAGUGGUGGCAUCAAUCUUCCUAGCCAUCUUUUGGUCACAUGUGGCCACUGUGGCAGGGGAAGUGAGAUCCGUCCCAUAUCUGCUGCUCACGUUCGUUUUGGCUCUGGUUUGCUGUACGUCCAAUGUCACCUUCUUGCCCUUCAUGUUCCGCUACCCCCCUCAAUACAUCCGCACAUUCUUUGUUGGCCAGGGGCUCAGUGCCCUGUUCCCAUGUGUUGUGGCUUUGGGGCAGGGUGUGGGGAAAUUGGAGUGCAAAUUGGAGAAUGGCACGGUAAGAGCAGACUAUCUGGAAGAGAACUUCCCUGCACAGGACUUCUUUUGGUUCCUGUUUGUAAUGCUGACAAUCUCAGCCCUCUGCUUCAUGGCUUUGACGUGUAGAGAAAUAACAGAGCCAGCAUUACAGGAGACCCCAGAGCCUGAGAUGGUGAUGACAAAGGACAAUGGGGAGGAGACCCACCCGCUCCAGAAUGGAGGAACACUGUUGUCUGAGGACCAGGUGGAGUUGGAGAAAGCAUCCCCGGUCCAAACCUUCUGGACGCCACGCAAUAUCUACCUGCUGGUGCUACUAGGUGUGUCCAACGCCCUGACCAACGGAGUCCUUCCCUCUGUCCAGAGCUUCUCCUGUCUGCCCUAUGGCACCAUGACCUAUCACCUCUCUGUGGUCCUUGGCAACAUUGCAAACCCACUGGCCUGCUUUGUGGCCAUGUUUGUCCUCUGCAGGUCAUCUGUGGGUCUUGGUUUCAUGUCUGUAGCAGGUGGGGUCUUUGCAGCCUACCUCAUGGCUCUUGCAGUGCUCAGCCCCUGCCCUCCUCUCUUGGGGAGCCCUGCUGGUGUAUCCUUGGUGGUGGUGUCCUGGAUCAUCUUCACUGGUCUGUUCUCUUACCUGAAGGUAGUUAUAGGGACGCUGCUCCACGAGGCUGGCCAUGCUGCUUUGCUGUGGUGCGGCGUCUUCAUCCAGGCUGGCUCACUGAUAGGAGCCCUCUCCAUGUUCCCCCUGGUCAGCAUUUACCACAUAUUUGCAAGGUCUCAGGACUGUGUGGACAACUGCAGUUAGUUAGGCACCAGGAACCACAGCUAGCUGGGUGAUCACGUCAGGGAUGGAAGAUGGAACACCCUUUCCAGGCCCAGAAGGGUUGAUGCCCCCCCAGAACCCCCCGUUCUGUAAGGGCUGAGGAAAGGCAUUCCAGGGGUAAUGGGAGCAUUGAGUUGCUGUGUCCUGGCUAAGGGUAUGUAAGUGCCUGUGAUGCAGUGCCGCAAGGGAUUUUUAAAAUUAUUGAUCUAGUUUCUUGGUUUGCUGAAGGAGCUGCUAUUACUGGUAUGUUUUUCCACUAAAUCAUGUGACAAGUCUUGUUUAAUCAGGGACUGAAUCAAUAACACCCAUUCAUCCAGUUUGGCUGUCCCCAGGCCUUAGGAGUAAGAAACAAACGCAUUAAUGGCCAGAUUCAGAGAGACAGAAUAAGCCCAGUCUUCGACUAAAAAGCGUGCUCAAUGGAGAAUCUCCAGAGAAUGCAGAGAGUCCUGGACAGGGCUUAAUCUUUGACUUGGAAAGUGGCCCUAUGAAACUCAAAAAGCACGUUUCCAUCCACCGCUUUCAUGUGAUUUAAAGUCAUAUCAUAUUUUUUUUAAAUCACGACAGCUGUGAUGGAAACAGGACAGGUCGGUACAAUUUUAUAAAUGCUAACAGAUAAUUUCCUAGUUCGACAAGGUGGGAUCUUUGUGUCUAAAAUUAAUAACGCGAGAAAUGGCAAAUAUUGACAAACAUCAUAUCGAAGUAAACUUGUGAUGAUAUGGUGUGUGGUCCUCCCACUACGCCUUGGAGAAACCGUGCAGUUUAUUAAGCUACAGAUUGAAUAAAUUAUUAACUUCACAGGGUGGUGAAAGUGCAUGGUGAUCUUGAUGCUUUUACUUAUUCAGGUGACAUGAUGGUCGAUGCUUGAAUGUUGUUUGACAAAUUUAACAGAUUCUCGCUCUUAUCCAUAAUCAUCUCAUGUGGACAGCCUGUCCGCACCGUAUCUGCCGAAUGUUGGCACGUGCAAAGACCAGAAUAGGCACAUUUGCUAUUUAACGCAAGUUUUUGUGACAACUAUCUGAGAGUUUAGAGUAUUUGAAAAUGCGAUGGAAAUCCAUUGUACUUUAGAUUUUAAUUUUUUGCAUGAAAACGUACAUUUUGUGUGCGCACCUCUUUUUAUCCGUAAUAAGUCUGUUUGGUGGAACAUACCACUGGUGGAAUUUUUUUGUAUUUUUUUUUAAUGCAUUUUUUUUUUAAUAUUCGCAUGAAAAUCUGUCACCAAUUGGAUGGAAACCUAGCUAUAGACAUGUUUUAAAUACUAGUUUCUCAAGUACAAAUACCUAUCCAAAGCUAACCAUCGGAUACAAGUAAAUCAUUUUAUCCAUGCCAUUAAAAUAUUUAAAAUGUAACUGGAAGCUAUUCACUUUCAGCCAUUGACUGAAAUGUUUAAUUUUAGUCCUCUACUUGUUAUUUUUAAUACAAAUGCUGCCCAAAUCCACUUUUUCCCACAUUGCUAAAAUCAAGGGCAGCCAUUUAGUAUAUUGACAUUCAAGUUUUGAUUUACUAUUGGAGCAGUUGAAUAUAACUUGUAAUUGAUUAUACACAAUUUUGUUCUGAGUGCUGUAGUAAAAAUAUGAGUUGGUUUUGCUGCUGAGUGGGGUUGUUACCAUGCACUGUUGUGUAGCCAAUCAUUAUGGUUCUAGUACAGCGGAGUUUUAAUCCAAGCCUGGAGGUCCAGAGUACUGCUGUUUUUCUGUUCUACCUCAUAAUCUCAUAAUUUGCCUGCUCUAGGAGAUACUUACAUUUCCCUCAUGUCUGUCACUUGGCAUGUCAUUGUCUGCCAUGUCAGAAUCAUCAUUCCAGAGAGAUUCUAGUUGAAGCUUAUUUUGUGUUGUCCGGAUAAUUAUGAACAAUUACUUGUUUAUUUCCCUCCAGAUUAUUUCUCCAUACACAAUGUGAUUGUUUCUUUCUACUAAUGCCUUCGUCUCCUGUUGCGUAUUAUCAUCCAUGUAAUUUGGUGUUGAAUCCUUUUUGGUGACCAUUUUUUAAAAAUGAUUAACUAUUCCAAAUGCAAUGCCAAAUGUUAGCCUUCCUUCAGAUAAAUUAAAUGUUAUCUUGCUAUCUAAAACAUUUCGGUAAUGUUGAAGCCUCCAAACACCAGUGCUAAGUCUGAUAAUGUAAAUGCGACCUAAGUUAGCCUACUAAACACAUCAUGACUGAGACACAAGGGGUUUUGUGAUUUCAGCUUUGGAAGGAAUAAAGAAAAUUAAAAAAAAUCUGCUACGCCUUAGUACCUCCUACAGUGACUAAUAUUGGAAAACUUGCUGCUCAAUGGAAUUUAUAGACUUUGUUGACAAUAUAGAAAUAGUAUCGGUCCAACAUGCCUUGACUCUUUAGUCUUGACUCUUUAGUCAUGUUUAUAUCGUCACUAUCUGAUGAAAACCUGUUCAGGAAAAAAAUACCUUAUUUUCCCAUUAACGAGAGUACAAUUAUGAGACAUCAAGCUAUUUUGAAUACACUUUCUUGGCCUUAGUCUUGAAAUAUACAUUGAGGGAAGUUACUGCUUUCAAUAAUUUGUAUAAUAAAAAUUCAAAUAGUCAAAAACGGAGUUAAAGGUUUUUGUCAGAUGGCGACAAUAUUUUACUAUACAUUUACUAUAUAACCAUUUUUGUAUAUGUUUUUUAAUGUGAAAUGAAAGGUGAACUAGUUUUUCAGGCACUGAUUUUACAUUUCCGUAAAAAAAAAAAAUAUGUGUCCGUUUGUAAUCUUUCCUGUCUUAAGUCUAAGUCAUAUUUUGUUGACAAUCAGCUAAUUAUCUUUAGAUCGCUGUGUGAACAAUCCUUUUGACUGCCUUUCAGAUAUGGUCACUCAAAAUCAAUUGACAUUAGAAGUUUGGGAUGUUUGGAAUAAUAAAAAAAUAGGAGUGUUGAAGAAUCUUACAUUUUGUUCCUCGGAAUGCGAUGUUGAAUCGCCACAUAGUGCAAGUCACCUACUCAGGAAAAUGAUUCAAUCUCAAUGAGAGAUUUGCAACCAAUGAGAGACUUCCAACCAAUAGCUACUUGUUUUGUAAGCUUUGACAAUAUGGCAAAUUUAGUUACUACUUGGCUCAAAUGACAGGAUGGGUGGAGGUAGCAGGUUUUCUGUUGCCUCUUGAGACUCAUUAUUACUCCUCACAGGAAUUGCCUUCUAUGGACUAAAGUUGCAUUGUUAUGGGUGAACAAAGCCCUAAUGCAAAGCGCAGGUCUCAUCCUGUUGCUAUGCAUUCUCAGGAAAUGUUACAGAAGAGUUAUCGAAAUAUAUGAAUGCAUUUGACGUGCUUUUUAACCAGGAUGGUAUUUUGGCCUACAUUAUCAUUGAUGAUACUUGUUUGGGUCAUUCAGUACGUAUAAUGUUUUCCUCUGGAAUUUUAUUCCGAUCUGUUUUGUUACAUUCAGGACAGUUUUGCCUCGUCCUUAGUGUAAUUUGGUCGACAUUCCAGUAGAUGUCGGUAUGUAGAUAAAGUUAAAUCACUGUUUGGCUUGCUUUAUUGCUUUGGUUAAUUUUUCACCUGUUACUGUGGUUAUGGAUUGCAUUUCAAGAUCGUCGCCAAUUUAACUUUCUCUGUAAAGCAGUUUGUGAACCAAAGUGAAAUGAGAAAGUAAUCAAGUAUAACCUCAACAAAAGUUCAAGAUCAAACCAUUUUAAAACUCAUUUUAAAAUGUGCUCUGGAGAAAUGAAUGGAAUUUGUGUAUAUCGGGAAAAACAAAACAUUCUAAGCCUUAGCUAGUUCUACUGUAUUUCCAUCUUCCAGCUUAGCUUAGUUCCCUUGAUCUCCUUAGGGAGAAUUAGAGAAAUGCUUAGAUACAAGAAUGUGUUGACUCAGCCAUAAGUUGAAAAGAAACAAUGAAAAUCAUGGUGUUGGUGUAAUUCUUGUAAACCAUUACAUGGGAUGUCUCAAUGGAAAAAAUGUCCUGAAAUGUGCCUAUUGAGGGAACUGUGGAUGAAAUAUCAACUCAGGUGUUGAACAAACCAUGUGUCUUGGCUGGUUGACAACAGCACACCCACCAAGGAAUGGGGCCAUAAUCCCCAGGUUCACUCAGAGGAAUCCUUCAGUGCAUAGGACUUUGGCUUCUCUGCUCUGCAGAACCUCUGACUGAACUCUCUGCUGUCUACCCAACGUGAGUAUAUGUGCACGGAUGCAUGCUGUCCUCUUCUUACUGUUAACUUAUUUAAAAAUGAAGUGAACAAUCUGUACUCUUAUCUUUUUGUUUUACUUUGUGCACUUGCAAAGGUGUGACAUAUCAUUUAAAUGGAUGGAAUAUAUUUUAUGAUUGCGAUGCAUGCUUUUUCAUGUAUGUGUAGUCUACUUUUUAGGAUUUUUUUUUUUUUUUUUUACCUGAAAAUGUUAUUUCUGCUGACAUGAAAGUCUGAGACAUCUGUUUCAAUGUCUUGCUUUUAUCUCCUCUUACUUUUAACUUAAGAGGACAAGCUGUAACAAAAUAAUUUCCUAUAAUUGUUUUCCAUUCCUUUUUGAGUUGUUUUUGUACCAGAUCAAAGACACUGCUGCAAGCUGGUUUCCUUGUUAACGGUUUCCUUGUCAAUAAACAAUAUCCUGCUCAGAU